AUGUUCUCACACGUCACCCUUCUCCUCGUCGUUGCGAGUGUUGUGACUGCGUCGACACCCCAUCCCCUGUACGAACGCCAAAGCCGGAGUGAGUUCAGUGAUGCGCGCGCGCACGCGUGCAAUCGUGCGAUCGUUUGAAGAAGAAAAACGCGACGGGCCUCGACUGACACCAUCACCGCGUUCCGUCUCGUCCCGUCGGUUCCCCCGCCUACUUUUCAAUUGUAGCCUACCCUGAGCCCCUCAAAGUUGGGCCUCAGCCUCUUCAGGUGUGGAUUGAUACCUACAAUCAGGCGAAAGCUGCAGGCAAAAUCCCUUCCUUCGCGCCAGCAACGCUCAGCGGCGGAGAGCCGGUGUACGCCUCGGGCGUCGACACGGGUGUAAAGGGAGUCUGCUCUUGGACACGUAAGUACCGCAGAAUCUGGUCUCAAAGUCCACGUCGCGACUUGAAUGAUCGAGUCGCCGAGCUUAUAGUGUCGCUUGCCCACAGUCGCGCAUUGCUUCAACACCAACAAGACUGGCGCAUAUGAUAUCGAGGAUGGCCCAACCGGGGUAAGUCGCGCACGCUCAACCUGAUUGGACAACUCGCGUUGUCCUAUUCGGGUCGGCUGACUUACAUUGCUUCGAUAUAUGAUGGUCAUUAAAAAAGCAUGUGGGCGUCUCGUUCGACGAUGGACCGACACCCGCAUCACCGGUGCUUUACAAAUUCUUGCAGUCCAAGAAUCUCGCAGUGAGUUUUCUUCCGCGGCGCAAAUAUGACACAUUGGCCUGCACCCCGCUCACAUUGUGAUGAUCUGUUCGUCAUCGACAGGCAACACACUUUUUUAUCGGGUCCAACAUCGUGAACAACCCCGACAUCUUCGAUCAAGCCGUCAAAUCUGGCGGUCACAUUGCCGUCCACACCUGGGCUCACAAGCUCAUGACCACCUUGACAGACAUGCAAGUGCUCGGAGAGCUGGGAUGGACCAUCCAGAUCAUUUAUGACAGGGCGGGUGUUGUGCCUCGAUUCUGGAGGCCUCCUUAUGGCGACAUCGACAACCGAGUCCGAGCGAUCGCCAAAGAAGGUAAAGCACGACUCGGGUUCGCUGUCACUUUUGGAGCGCAUACUGACCCCUGUCGCACUCGCGCGGGUUAGUUUUCGGUUUGGAGCACGCAGUCAUCUGGAACCACGACACCAACGACUGGUGUCUGAGUGAGGGUGGAGGAUCGUGAGUCACGCAAUGGGUACUCAUCUCCUAUAGCUUUACAGCCGAUCUGACCGUUGGUCUUUUUGUUUCAACAGCUCUUGCCCCUCCAGCGACUGGACUCCCAGCUCCGACGCUGAACUCGACCAAGAGCUGAACGGCUUUUACAACGGUCCCAAAUCUCCAGGAUUGGUAAGUGAUAACAGCGCAACGUUCUACGCCUUGAUCUACCAUAGCUGUCAUUGAUCCAACAGUGUUCGCGUCACUCCUCCAGAUUAUUCUCGAGCACGAAGUCACAAGCCGAUCGGUCGGUGCUUUCAUGCGCACCUUCCCCACGCUCAUCUCGAAGGGAUGGAUUCCUCAGUGAGUUCCGGCCCGCUUUCCUUGUGGAUUGUCUUGAAUCGGCGCAGCUCCAACUGAUGCAGGCGUGCUGCUCUGUAAGAUCUAUCCCUGAUCUCUUCAGUCAACCUUGGUACCUCAACGCCGCCGGGCCCAGCGACACUCCCACGAGAGGCUUCGUCGUCGGAAGUGGCGACCUACCCAACGUCAACAACGCGGCAGUCAACCUUACUAGCUCCUCUUCUUCCGCGGCCGUGGCUCGAUCCUCGUCGACGUCCAUCGUCACGCAGACCAGAAGCUCGGCCAGGGCUUCCUCGGCCGUCGGUUCCAGUAUCUCUGGUCAAGGAACGGCGACAGCUGCUGCUCAGGCGGCGGCGUCAUCGAAGACAGCGUCCGGCGCGGCAAUGUUGUCGUCCUCGAUCUUCCUCCCGGUGUCCCUGAUGAUCUUUGCUUCCCUUAGACUUUUUUAG